AUGGCAGCCGUAAAUCUACUUCCGAGCCCGCUGGGGAAUUCAUCGGAGUACAAUUACACCGAAUCCGAGUACCUCGAGAGGAUGCUCGGACCUAAGCAUCUGUCAAUACGAAUUGUACUUCCGGUGACUUUUGUCUAUGUAUUAAUAUUCGUUACUGGAGUCUUUGGGAACGUCGCUACGUGUUUCGUUAUCAUCAGGAAUCCGGUGAUGAAAACUGCAACCAAUUACUACCUCUUUAGUCUUGCUGUGUCGGAUCUCACCCUCUUAUUACUCGGAUUACCGAACGAACUAAGCGUUUUUUGGCAACAGUAUCCUUGGCCGUUUGGACUAGGCUUGUGCAAGAUCCGAGCUUUUGUGUCGGAGAUGUCCUCCUACGUCUCGGUAUUGACAAUCGUGGCUUUUUCGAUGGAAAGAUACCUGGCGAUAUGUCAUCCUCUUCAUCUAUACGCCAUGAGUGGACUGAAAAGGCCAAUCCGAUUCAUUUUGGCUGCCUGGGUGGUUGCUCUGGUCUGUGCGCUACCUUUUGCGGUCUACACGACGGUUUACUACGUCGAAUUUCCUCUAGGGUCGAAACGUCACGUUGAGGACUCAGCGAUCUGCGCCAUGCUUCAGCACAACAUGCCACCUUUUCCACUUUACGAAUUGAGCUGCGUUAUAUUCUUCCUCAUACCCAUGCUCCUAAUUUUGGUAUUAUACGUCAGGAUGGGCCUGAAAAUACGAAACACGUCGCUUGGUCAAAGUAUAGAGGGAUCUGUUCACGGUGAAACGAGGCAAGUGCAGUCCAGAAAAGCCAUCAUCAGGAUGCUGAGUGCUGUCGUCGUGAUGUUCUUCAUCUGUUGGGUCCCUUUUCACGCGCAACGUCUGCUCUACGUGUAUGCCAGGAAUUCCGCUUACUACGCAGAAAUAAACGAAUGGCUCUACGCGCUGGGAGGCUGUCUUUAUUACUUCAGCACGACGGUGAAUCCAAUUCUUUACAACCUGAUGAGUGCCAAAUACCGAGGUGCUUUCAAAGAGACGCUUUGCUGUUUGACAGGGAGUCCCACCUUCAUGAGGGACGAACUUAGCAGUAUGAGGGACACCACAAUCUGCGGAUGCGACAGUGCUACUGGGAUGCAACUUGUCAGAAUUCGCAGUCUACGUUACACUCGGACUGUAAGGUGUACCCUGGACCAUGCAAAAGAUAUUUUACGUUCUCCGAGUAGAACGAGGUGCAAUAAAGCCGAUAAUGGCAACGGUGUGCAUUUGAGUGCUUCUCAGGAUCAGGACCAUAUGCAAAACUCAAACACUGACCCAUUACUUGAUUCCAAGAAGACAUCAAUCAUCAGCCAGGCCAGCAAUGGAAAACCAAAGUGUCACACUACCGAGGUCUACGUACCACCGGAUGAAACUUGCAUCUGAUCCCAUUUCCAG